AAAAUGUGGUUAAAUGGCACAAGAACGAGUAGACCGUGAGGAUUCUCUAACCCUUGCCCCUGAGCCCCAACCGUCUGAGAGAGUGUCGGACCUCACUGAGGCAAUCCUGGGCCGUUGGCACUAAAAUGUCCCUAAGUGGUGGCACUGCAGGCGGGAAAGGUGUGGACUCUAAUGCGGUGGACACUUACGAUAGCGGUGAUGAGUGGGAUAUCGGUGUUGGAAAUCUGAUUAUUGACCUUGACGCUGAUUUAGAGAAGGACAAACUUGAGAUGUCUGGCACCAAGGAAGGCAUGGCGGCACCACCCAGUGCAGUGGCAGCGUUGCCUGACAACAUCAGGUUUGUUAGUCCAGUGUCUGGCUCUCAAGGCAAGGAGAGCAAAUCCAAAUACAAGCGCAGUAAGAACUCUAAAGACAAUAGUAGCAAAGCCUCAGCUGGAGAUGGGGGCAAAAAAGAAACUGCAGGAAGGACUCAAGGGGAGCCAACAGGCACAGCAGCAGGCGCAGGAGCUGCUGGCAACAAUACCACCUCUGGAAAGAACAUGGAAAAAGGGGGCAAAGCCUCCAGAGGUGUUCUAAGUGGUAAAAAAGAGAAGGAAGGGGCUGGUGGGAAAAGUAAGAAGGACAAAGCAGAUGCAGCCCCAGUCGUGGCAAUAGCUGCUGCGGAGAAGGAUGUUGUGUCUCAAGCCCAAGUGGCUUUGGGGAAUAGUCGAAAUGCGUCCUUUGAGAACACACCAUCAACAGACUUGGCAGAAUCCAAUCAAAUGGGGAAUAUUGCACUUGAACCUGUAGGGAUAGUAUCAGCAUUGACGGCAAAAACUGAACCAGAGGAGGUGGAAAAUGGUAACAGUGAAUGCAAGACAUUAAAGAAGGUGAAAAAUGAAAAGAUGGAAUCCCCUGUCUCCACGCCAGCUCCUCCCCCCCUCCACCUCCUGGCAACAGUUGGCAACAGUGAGAUAUCCUCGCCGUGUGAGCAGAUAAUGGUGCGCACACGCUCGGUGGCCGUGAACACAACCGAUGUGGCCCUGGCUACUGAGCCUGAGUGCUUGGGGCCCUGUGAGCCCGGUACUAGUGUCAAUCUCGAAGGCAUUGUGUGGCAGGAAACUGAAGACGGCAUGCUGGUGGUCAAUGUUACCUGGAGGAAUAAGACAUAUGUGGGCACUCUGUUGGACUGCACACGGCAUGACUGGGCACCCCCCAGGUUUUGUGAAUCCCCUUCAAGCGAUCUAGAGAUGAGGAAUGGCCGUGGUCGGGGUAAGCGAAUGAGACCGAAUAGCAACACCCCUAUCAACGAGAACAGCAACUCUUCUGACAACAAGGGCACCACCAACAACAAGACGCGUGCUGCUUCCAACAGCAAGGGCCGCAGGGGCAGCCAGACGCCAUCAGAGCGCCGCACACCCCCUAACAGCAACACAGAGGACAUCAAGGCCAGUCCUUCCUCGACUGGUAAACGUAAGACCAAACCGGCCUCGGACAUGGAACCCAAUUCCAGCUCAGAGGACACCAAAGGCAACAAACGUAUGCGGACCAACUCCAACAGUGGAGGAGUGGGUCCCACAGGACUCCCUAUUCCUUCUAUUAAGACUGAGCCACUCCCACCUCCCCUCGAUCGCAGUUGCCCCUCUCCAGUUCUAAUUGAUUGCCCACACCCUAACUGCAACAAGAAGUACAAGCACAUCAAUGGUCUCAAGUACCACCAAGCCCGUGCCCAUAAUGAUGAUGACAUAAAGUUGGAAAUAGAUGGAGACAGUGAGUAUGGAGAAGACUCGACUCUCCAUCCUGAGCCAGGGAACUGUAAUGGAGCAUCCAUCUCGCAGAAAGGAUGCUUGUCUCCGGCACGUUCAGUAACUCCUAAAGGCAGGAACUUUGAUGCUCAAAGUCCUUCCCCAUCUCCGGGCAAGUUUGGUUCAAAACAGAAUAAAAAGAAAAUGGCUGAGACAGAUCCAGAAACAGGAGGUGUCCCAAUGGACGGCUGUGAAGAUGGGCCAUGCCUCACUGAUGAGGCCAGUAACGAUGAUAUAGAUGAUAAGAAGUCUAAAAAGGCUGGCACAAAAGCUGAUAAACUGGCUCAGAAAAACAUGAAGUCACCACGGCCUGUUGGCCCUGGCGCGACAGCACCGCAGCAGAUGUACCCCUUUCCUCCUGGAAACCCAAAUUCUUCCCCGGUGCUUACCCCAAUGAUACAAGGGGUUCCUAAGAGUCCCCAAAUGAAGGGGACACAGCCUAAACCUGCUGCCAUUGGAGAUCCUGCCUCAAGUAGCUCCAAAGACAAGAAAAAGAAAAAGAAAAAGGAUGGAGCGAAGGAGCCUGACAGCCCCAAGCCUCCUGGAAAGGGAGGUAAGCUAGAGGAAGGAAAGCUUCAAUACACUGAUGCCUCUGAACUAGGAAUUAAGGGGGAAGGACUGCUCAAUGGUUCUUCAGAUCUUCAUCAGAGUCGCUUGGCCAGUAUUAAGGCUGAGGCUGAUAAAAUUUACAGUUUUUCUGACAAUGCCCCCAGCCCAUCAAUUGGUGUAGCCAGUCGGAUAGAUGGCAGUGGGAUGCCACAGCCUCUCACGCCAAUAAACCCUGGGAGCCAGAAUGGUGCCGACAACUCUUCAGUCAAAACUAAUAGCCCAGCCUAUUCAGACAUUUCAGAUGCUGGUGAGGAUGGUGAGGGGAAACUAGAAGGUGUCAAAGUUAGGACAGAGGAACAAGCUGUCAGGGAAAGUGUCAAAAAAGCACUUUUUCCAAACCCGGCGCCCAGCAAAGAGUCCCCAUACUAUCCCGGGUAUGACGCGUACUACUCACCCAAUUACGUUAACCCCAGUCCCGGUGCGCCCAAUCCAGGUACACCAGCAGCUGAAGGUCAGAUUAAGAUCAAAAGGGAAGAGGACCAGGAGCAAGGUGAGGUAAAAGUCAAAGUUGAGGUUCAUGAAGACCACAAAACUGACAGUGCCUCUGGCCAGCCGCAACAACAGCAACAGCAACAACAACAACAGCCUUCAGUCAUCCAACAGCGAUCGAACAUGUACAUGCAACCUCUUUACUACAACCAGUAUGCGUAUGUCCCCCCAUAUGCAUACCACCCUGAUCAAGCCUACCAUAACCACUUGAUGAACACCAACCCAGCAUACCGGCAACAGUACGAUGAGCGGCAGCGACAAAUGGCUGAACAGCAUCGUGCCGAGAAGAAGUCGGACAUAGCCAUAAAGGAACGGGAAGCCUCCAUGAAGGAGGAGUGGAAACAAAAGAGCCCGAUGCCGCCAAGCCUUUCCAAAGCCCCAAGUCAGCCAGAGCUUGGAAAGACGUCGCAGCCCUCGAGCAAAUCCAGGGACUCGCCCUCUGACCCUUCCUCUAAAUCCCUGGGGAGCAUAAAGACAGAGGACCCAAAGUCCCAGCAAGCUGAGGGGCUAAAGAUGAAGCUGUCUGAGGGAGGACCCCAUGGAAAGGAAGACUCCAAGCCGACACUGGAGCACAGAGGUCAGGCAGGGACGGAGCAGGCCAUGUGGUACAGACAGCAGUACCCCGAGGGCCAGAAACCCCAAUCAGAAGACGAACACCAGCAACAGCAACCUCGAUGGAAAGAUGAAAGGGACAGAGAACGGGAACGUGACCGCAAAGUAAAGGAUGAAAGACCCAGGCCCAAGGACAGUCAAAGUGGGCCCAAGGAGGAAGGCAAAGAGGGCAGUGAUCCUAGAGUCCCUUCUGAGGACCAACGGGCUGUGAACAAAGACUCUCGUUCUAAUCCCCACAUGCAGUUCUCAUCACCACUAGCACAGCACCAGGGCUACAUGCCCUACAUGCACGGUUACCCCUAUGGACAAGGCUAUGACCCCAACCACCCUGGAUACAGGGGCAUGCCCUCGGUCAUGAUGCAGAAUUACCCAGGUUCGUACCUUCCUGGAGGCUACCCGUUUUCUCCAUAUGGCAGUAAAAUGUCCGGAGCUGAGGAAGGCGGCGACAAAUCUCGUGCUAGCCCAACAGUCACCAAAACGGCCGUGGACUCCAAAGCCCUGGAUAUCCUGCAUCAGCACGCCAGCCAAUACAAGAGCAAAUCCCCCACAGUCGGUGACAAGCCGCCCCAUGAGAGGGAGCGGGAGCAGGACCGAGGCGCCGGAGGAGAGAGAGAUCGGGAAAGGGAGCGCGAGAGGGAAAGAGAAAGAGACGUAGACCGACCCCGCUCCUCGCCCUCCCAGCGCAUCAUGCCCUCCCACCACCACCUGGGGUACCCCCUACUCUCGGGGCAAUACGACCUAUCAUACGCCACAGGUCUCUCCUCAGCAGCUAUUGUUGCCAGCCAACAAGCAGCAACCCCCUCUCUCUACCCACCCCCACGGAGGUGAGAACGGGAAACCUGACCGUCACACCUCGACCCUGCAAAGAUUCAUGUGACUGGCUCACAUGAGGAGAGAGUCCCCCGCUGUUCCCUCUUAGACAUCAGUUGAAUGGUGUUUCUAUCUAUAUCUUUUAGUUCUUCUGCCCUGAGGAUAUGCAGAUUAUCGUUUCUUUUUUUUUUUUUUAUGUCCUCCCCCGUGAACAACCCCAAUUUUUUCCAAACCUUGGACUAAAACAAGACUGAUAAAAACCCAGGUUCAAAGCCAUCACUCUGCCUCAACACGCAGAGGAAACACCGACCCUGACCGCUGAUUAUCUAGUCUUUGCACUGUCAACACAUACAAUGCAAAAAGAGACUAUUGGACUGCCAGACAGCUCUUUUUUUCUUUCUUGAACUGUAUUGUUUUCGGUCGCACGCAGAAAGAAACUGGCAGGGGAUUUAUGAUGAGAUGGGGGGCUGAUGGGGAAAAGGGGAGUCAAACUAAAUUAAAAGACUGAAAAGAAAAAGUGAAUCAUAUUGAAAUGAAUCACCUCUCUGUCUCUGGCUUAUUGUAUGCCGUGAAAAAACAGUAUAUCCUUAACUUGACAAAUGUUCGGCUAUAUUUCGUGGGCGAGAGGGAAUAUGGCAACAGCUGCUUUCUUCAGAGACUUGAGAGCCUGAGAAUUUCAUUUCAUUUUCCCAUCAACAUUGUCGAUUCACAUCCUCUUUGAAGCCUCAGUUCUUGUUUCAGGGAUGACGUCGUCAUGUUUUUGCGAAGGGACCGCACACACCUCAAUGGAGAAUAAACACUAUUCAUGUUUUCUUUUCUGGGUAAUGCUUCACUUGUACUCCAUAUCAUUGUGUUCAUCCUUGAAUGUGUCUGAUGCUGGUAUGAGUCCUGUUAUUCCUUAUAAUGAAAGGGUCACAUCUGUUGUUUUGCUCAAACAGUGAAGCCAUAUUAGCAAGUGAAGAAUUCACGGGGCGUUAUCGUCACUGCACCUGGCCACUUGUUGGGGUUUAAACUGUACGAUUGUGCUUCAUUUAGCUUGUCACGUUUGAAUGUCCUCAAAAAAGAAAAAAUGUGAAAUUUCACUCAACACAUGUAUUUUUCUGCUGUAAUAUAGACUUAAAGCCUACUUUGAUGUGCAUUAAUGUUUAUAUUUAUCCCAGCACCCAACUGUUGUUCAAUAGCCUCCAGCCUUCACAGCACACCAUGUGCUCAGAUCAUCGUUUCUGAGAUGUCUCAGCUUUGGUAGUCAUGCUGCCCUUUUACCUUUGUAUUCACUUUCUAGUAUUUCAACACAUCACAAGCUUGGUUCACACACUCAUCCCAACAUGCAGUCAGACUGGAUCCAGACCUGAGUCACUGUCCACAUCUCAGAUAUUUUAAAGCGAUUUUAUAGCAACUCAAACCGACAGAUUUUGUGGAAAAAAAAUGGUCCACCAGUCUAAUUUCCAGGCUGUUGUUCACUGUCAAAAGGGCGCAAAUAUCUCCUGGUGCUUCUCUUGCUCGUGUGGCUUCACUGUAACACUUAGACUUCAGACAGUUAGCAUGGGUUACUUACUAGCGACUAGCUUUGUAUUACCUGGGCUGAGGAGUCUGAUACCUCAGACAAAAAGCUUCUGCCUGUGCUGUUAGGUCAACAUACUGGCACAUUAAACACACGUGCAUGAAAUGACUCCCAAAAACCCCUGUACCUGUUACACGAACCAAUCCGAUACAGCCAACAGACCGUUAAAAAACUUGGAACAAAAACAAGCAUGGUAAAUACCAGUGAAAUAGGGAUCUUGAUGUUGCACAUAGGAGUGAAGAAGGAAGGCUCAAAGUUCAGCAGAGAGGAAGCACGUUGCUCUCGGCUUUCCUUCGGAUCUGUAACUGGUGGCUCCCCUCAGUAAAUUCACAUGACAUCUGCAGAAAGAGCAACAGUCAAAAAGGCCCGUUCUACCCGAGGACCCUCUUGGCUUUAAAUUACAGUUCUCUUGUACCUCAGGGGUUGUAAGUGAAAUUCAAUCCAGAUGCUAUUUGCAUUGAUUUGAGAGGGCUUUUGUUUAUGGGUGUGGGGGGAAAAAGCACAUUUUUGGUUUUGAGCUGGAUGUGCUGCUGUAGUGGUUUCAUUCAUAAAUGGCAAAUUGGCUCAGGAUAGGGACUUGUUAGAGGUUUUAUGCCACCCCAUGCUGUCGUGGGUCGUGAACAAUCUUUACGUUCCUGCUUUAUGAGUGUAAUAUUGACAGUGUUGUCAUUAAAUAUAAUUUUAUUGAUUUGGGUUUCUACACUUUAAGGUUCCCUUUGUUGUAAUUCUUUUUUUCUUUGAACACUGUAUGUGAUCAAGUCCACAAGCAGCCAGUUAUUCCCACGUCUAACACCCUCUGAAUUUGGAUGGUUGUCGAGAUCCUUCUGAUCGUUAUGAAACUGCAGCAAUUCAUUUUGAGGUUCACGGACAUUCCCAUUCAAUAAGUUGCCAGUUUCUCAUCCCAAGGAAAUUUGCAAGAUGGUUUAUUUUUAGAAUUUUUGCGCAUUUCAAGAAGAAUGGCUGAUAUGAAAAAGCUGAAUGUGGUGGUGUAUGACUUGUACUUAAUCUGUAAGGGUGAUCUAGGCAGCUGUGAUGUUGUCAUUAAAGUCUGUGGGUUUUAGUGCCAGCACACUGCAUACAGUACAUAUAGUUUUAUCAGACAAUGGUUGUGACAAGUGCAUUUGUCCUCUCUCUGAGAGUAGUAAUGUUAUCUCAGUAGUAAGAAAAGCCCAGUGAAAUCAUAUAUACUGAAGUGUAUGAAAAGCCAGAAAAGUAAUGUUUGCUAUCAACAUAUUGGAAAGUGCUUGGCUCUUGUAUUUUGCAGGACUGUAUUUGUUUCAUGGUGAAGAGUAUAUUUAUUGGCCAGCAGUUGUCUCAAUUGGUGCCUAGUUGAACAUUCUUCUGUGAAAACACAGAGACACUUGCUCUUUUGUCCUUUUCCUGACCCACCUACUGUCACACAGCCCCCCCUCCCCCAGAGUGCCGGUUCUGGUGCUUGCAAGGAUGUUUACAAUGUCUUCAUUUUCUUUCUGUGUGAGAAAUUCAGAACUCUUCACCCUCACCUCCUUUCUCCCUCCCUUCAGGAGUUUGUGUAAAGUGUACAUUACCAUGGUUCUUUUUUAUACAAUACUCUGUAACUUGCCUUUGUAAAUUUGGGCUGGAAAAAAAUAAAUCUUUUUAUGAGACGAUCUGUCCUGGGAACUGCUCAAUUGCCUUGGCUCUGUGGAUGCUGUGGAAAUAAGAUAAUACUGUAACUAACUACUAUGUUUGUC